AUGUCAGCUGGCCCUUCACAAUUCCUACCUCCUCAUAUCAGAGAAUGGAGUUUGGAGGAUUUUUUGCAACACCAUCCCACCAAGUUUAAUGGAAAAGUCAGUCCUGACGAAGCUGAUCAAUGGAUGAAGGAUAUGGAAAGGGUGUUUGAAGCUAAGAGAUGCCCUGCAGAAAAGAGGUUGUCUUAUACUGUUUAUAUGCUCAUCGGUGAAGUCGAGCAUUGGUGGGCGAGUAUGAAGUUGAUGUUGGAAGAGAAAAGAGAGGAAGUGUCUUGGGAUGUGUUCAAAAAGUGUUUCCUGACAGAAUAUUUCCCAGAUAGUAUCUGGUAUGCUAAGGAAGUUGAAUUUCUCCAAUUGGUACAUGGAAACAUGUUCGUGGCAGAAUAUACAGAAAAAUUUAAACAUCUGGGACGUUUCCAUACCAUAACUGUUGACAAAGAAUGGAGAUGUCGGAAGUUUGAAAAUGGCCUUAGAGGUGACAUUAAGUUAAUGGUGGCACCCCUAUCUAUUAAGGAUUUCCUUACCUUAGUAGAGAAAGCCAGAGUUAUGGAGAAGCUCAAAGCAGAAGUAGAAGUCUAA